AAACUUAAAAUAUCGACAGACCAAAGUAUGCAAAUUUAAGUUAGUACUUUCUGCACCUAAUAUAAAAUAGACUUACCUAGAUAUCUAAAAUAUAAGGCAUUGUUGUUAAAGCUUAGCAUAAUAUCUUAUGAAGAUGAAUAGCCUAUACAUGAUGAGCAUAUGCAUGGGCCAAAGAGUUAUGGCCUUUACUAUAUGGAAUAAAUAUGCAUUUUUUUAUGCGUAAGACAAUAGCAUAGAAAAACGUAAAAUUAAACUACGUUUUUUCUAUAAACACAAAUAUGCCACUGCAGUUCGUUCGUUCGUUGAACGCGGUCAAUUUCAUAUUUGAAAUGCGUAAAUUAAUAAUUCCGUGCCAUAAAAACAAAUAUUAAAAUAUGCAUACUUACGAUGGAGCCCUUGUGUUGUAGGUGUAGGUCACAGUUCCAGCUAAGGCUGAUAUAAAAGUCUCGUCUAUUUGAUUUCGACACCAGUAUCACCUGCAGUAGCCAUCUGUGCACUACGAAUAGCCCGAGCUCAGCAAAUCACAAAUCAAAAUGUACAAAGCCACUCUUAUCCUUGCGGCCCUAUGCCUUAUCGGCAGCAGCGGUGCAGUCGACGAGUCGGAUGCCGUUAUCACCAAAUAUAGAUCUGAGAUUAAUGAGGACGGCAGCUAUAGCUAUGAAUAUGGGACUUCAAACAACAUUCAGGCCGCAGAGAGUGGAGUGGGAAGUGCCUAUGCUACAGGAUCCGUACAAUACAUAGCUCCCGAUGGACAACCCAUUAAUCUGGAGUACACAGCUGAUGAAAAUGGUUAUCAGCCAAAGGGCGAUCAUUUGCCAACACCUCCUCCAACUCCAGAUUACAUCUUGAGGGCAUUGGCAUACAUCGAGGAGCAUCCUUUCACAAGAGUUCAGCUCAAGAAAUAAGAUAAUGUAGUAUAACGCAUCACCGUGCUUAGA